AAUAAAUGAAAUGAAUGAAUUACAUAUGACCCAGAAACAAUACCAAUGGAUUAUUGAUAUUAUUAUUAAAACAACCUAAGCAACAAUAGAUUAGGUUUACUGUAAAUGUAGUUAACAAAUAUGACAAUUGAUGGAGUCUACUUUGAUACCUAUGAAGGUAUACCGUCAUAUAUACAUAAAUGCAAUACCUCUAUUCCAUGUAAAUCCAUAUAUUACUAUAAGUAUUGACUGAGUAUAAAUAAAGAUAAACCAUAAUUUGUAUGGAUCAAAUCAUUCGGAUAAUGUGGAUAUCUUUAUUAUUAUUUACUGGUCAAAAUUAUACUGAUGCUGAUAAACUAGUUCAAUCUUCAUUAUCAACAUCAUACAUUAUGAAAAAUGCACAAUAUUCUAUUUAUAAUCAUACAGUUACACAAGGUGAACAAAUCACAUUACAUUGUAUACCAGAUCUUAAUACAAAUUUCAUUAUAUGGUACUUUACACCAAUGAUUAUAAUGAGAGAUAAUCAUUUCAAAGGAUUAUCAAUAUCUAAUCGAAAUGAUUCAUCUGUUAAUGAAACUAUUAUGAAAACUAUUGAACUAGCAGUUUGUAAACCUAAUGUAACAUGCAAAGAACAAAUUCAUUUGAUUGAUAUACAAGUACAUUCAAAUGGAAUUUUAACAAUAAUUAAUGUUCAAUCAUAUCAUAGUGGUAAUUAUCAAUGUGCAAUGUUAGCUGGUGUUAAUACAGUAACAAUGAAUAGAUAUUUAAUUGUUCAAACUCCUCCGGCUAAACCUUCUAUUACAGUUAACAUACAAAUGACUGAUGAAAAAUUAUAUGAAUUAAGUAAAGAAUCCACUAAAGAACUAUAUUUUAUUGAAGGUGAAUACCUUAAUUUAUUAUGUCAAAGUGAUAAAGGAUUACCUCCACCUCAAAUAUUUUGGUCAUUUCUUCCAAUACAAAAUACAUCUAUAACUUCAAUGAAAUUGGAUACAUUACAUGAUAUAAACUUCAAUAUAAAAGAUUCAUUAAAGACAAUUGAAAACACAAGAUCAUCAGUGUAUUUUCCAACAAAUAUUCCUUAUGGAAAUACAUCCAGUCAUUUUCGACUGAAGGUAUCCCGGUCACAUGAUGGUAUGCGAAUUAUAUGUAAAGCUGUGAAUAGAAUAGGUGCAAGUAUAUCAGAACCAUAUAAAAUCUCUGUAAGAUAUGCUCCAGUAAUUUUACAGUUUUCAAACGAACCUUGGAUUGUUUUAUACGAAGAACCAAGUACUAUUGUUUGUCAUGCUAUAGGAAAUCCUACACCAUCUAUAUAUUGGAUAGAUCAACAUGGUCAAAUAAUAUCAAAAACAGAACAAUUAAAUUCAGCUGUAUUCAAUAAAAUUCUGAUAAUAGAUGAAUUGGGUAAAUUUACCAAAGAUAAUUGGACAAUAAAUGUUACAUGUACAGCGGAAAAUAUUAUGGGAAGUAUAGAAAAGUCGUUAGGAAUUGAAUUGUAUUUUGCUCCGAUAAUUAAAACAACUGGUGUUGUCUAUACACGUCAUAGUGAAUCAGUUCGUUUAUCAUGUGAUGCUAUCUCUAAUCCACCACCAAUGAAUGUCUUUUGGUAUCGUAAAUCGAACAAGAUCUCAUCCAAUUUGAUGAAGUCAAAACAUGUUAACCAUAAUGAUCUAUUUAAAACGAUGAAUAGUGUAACUAAAUAUUCAUCUAAUUAUAAUAGAAGUAAAGAUAGAUUACAUUGGUUAAGUCCAAUGCUUCAAAUUAAUUCAGUUACAAUAGAUGAUGCUGGUAUUUAUGUAUGUGCAGCUGAAAAUACAAUUAAAUUAAAGAAUAAUGAACCAUUUGUUUAUCGUAGAGAAAGUGAAACACAAUUAUUAGUUUACUAUCCACCUGGUAAGCCAACAAUUCAGAAAACUUCAAAUCUGCAAACUGAUGAAAACAUAACUGUAAUAUUACAAUGUAAUAUGAAUGCUAGACUCCCUGGACUUCCAAUUCCUUCGAUCGAAUGGUUAUGGAGUCCAAAUUCUUGUAAAACAAAAUCAUCAGAUUUAAUUACUCCAAUACCAUUUAAACCGAAAUUUUCUGAUAAUGAAGAUCAAUUAUUAAUCAAUUUAACGGAUACAUUUGUCGAUGGUUUUUAUUAUUGUCUAGUACAAAAUGAUUAUGGUAAUGCAAUAAGUGAUCCUGUCAGUAUUACAGUGCAAGAAGAACCACAAAUAAUUGAACAACCAAAUAUUGAUAAUGUAUUAAAUCCAUCUUUUAAUUCAAUUUCUACACCUUAUCUUCGUUGUGUUGCACAUGGUAAACCUGCACCACAAAUUAAUUGGUUCCAUGAUAAUUCCAUUAUUCGUACAACAUCAACUACUAUGAAUUCUAUUAGGCUAAGAACCUUAAAUGAUAUUCAUUGUUCAUGGAGGAAAAUUCUGACUACUGUUAAAUGUAUUGAAUAUGAAACUGGUUCAUAUACAUGGGAGACAACAAGUGAAUUAAUAUGGGGUUAUAAUGAAUCAUUAAAUAAUAUACAAACUAAAUGUCAGUCAUUUCAUAUUAUGAAUGAAGGAAGUUAUACAUGUCAAGCAAUCAAUAACUUCGGUUAUGAAUACUCAAACCCGGUACAUAUAUUUUUAAAAUAUCCACCUAUUUUAUUACAUCAAUCUAUAAUAAGACAAAUAAUGCCUUAUCAACAAUCUCCACAGCAACUACAUAAACAUUUAAUCAAUUCAACGCUGAUUUCAGAAGAAUCAUAUUUUCAAAAUCAUACACAGAAAUUAACAUGUUUUUUUAAAGCUAAUCCACCCCCUAAUCAAAUCAUUUGGUAUUAUAUAACAUUUCAAACAUUUGAUAGAUAUUUAAAUAGUUUUUAUAAAAAUCAAUAUAUGAAAUCAUUAUGUCAACAACAACAACAAAUACCUCAUGAUCAAUUAAUAUUAGUUGCUAUGCAGAAAAAAAAUCAAUUAAAUGUUAAUCAGAAUAAUAAAACUAAAAAUGUUCAUAUAGAAUUAUUUACAGGAAAUAAAGUGAAAUCAAUUUUAAAAGAUUAUUAUGUUACUAUGAAUGUUACAUAUAUGGAUUCAUUAUAUUUAACGAAUUUAGUUUGGAAUGAAUUCAAUUCUGUGCUUAAAUUUGGUGUUUAUUUAUCGUAUAUUAUAAAUGAUGAAGGUUGUCAACAAUGUAUCAUCCUAUUACAAAAUUAUAGUACACCUGAAACUCCAAAAAAUAUUGAAGUAAAAGAAAUUACAUGGGAUAAAUUAACACUUAGUUGGAUUCCUGGAUUUGAUGGUGGUUAUGAACAAACUAUUGUUAUACAAUUUUUAAAAGUUUUACAUAAAGAUCAAUCAACUGCAGUAAAUAAUCUUCCAAAAUCAGUAUUCAUCAAUCAUGUACCAAGAUUACCAGUAUAUCAACAAUGUCAAAUAUCAGGUUUAACACCAAAUACCAUUUACACAUUUGUAAUUUAUGGAAAAAAUUAUUUAGGACAUGGUAAACGAUCUAAAGAAUAUACAAUUACUACUAAAGAACUUAUCUUCCCAAAAUUAAAUAUAAAUUACAAUCAAAAUAAUUUCAUUCAAUUAAACUUUUCACAUAGAAAUGAUUCACAAUUAUUUUGUAUCAAAACUGACUACUUACAAAUUAAUCAUAGAAAUUGGUCAACAUUCAUAGAUACAUGUCAAUCAUCAAUGGAUUAUAACAGAUUCAUAAUAUCAAAGAAUAAAGAGAUUUCAAUGGAUCACAUUGAAAUAGAUCCAUUCAUCAAUAAUGAUAAUAAUAAUAAUGGAGGUCAUAUCGAUUCUAAAUUGCAGUUACGUCAUCAUGUAAAAACAAAUCCAACUCUAAUACAACAUAAUCUUGAUGAUGAUGUUGACGAUGAGGAUGAUGAUAAUAGUAAAAUAGAAUAUGCACAAGCAAAUUCAGAUGAUCCAAAUCCAUUGAAAGUAAUGAAAAAAUCAAAAAAAUAUAAUUAUAAACAAUCAUUGAUAUUACAUAAUUUAACCCAAAAUGACAACUUUUCAAAUCAAACAAUUCACGGUGGGCAUAAUCAUCAAUCAUCUCUUGGUGUGAAACUUCAAAAGGACCAACAUAUUGCUUAUCGUAUAUGGAUAUGUGUACGAAAUCAGACAGAUAUUUGUCAUGAAGAAAAAUUAUUGUCUGAAAAUUCUCUAUUUAACUCAAAUCUUUCACAUUUCAAAAGUAACUUAGGUUGGAUGAUAAUUGUAAUUCUUAUAGUGUCUGUUAUUAUUUGUAUAAUCUUCAUUAUUCUUUAUGUAAAACGUCAUCAAUCAACAAAUAUACCAAAUAUUCCAUUAAUUCAUGAUAAAGAUAAAUUUUCACUACAAUCUAAUCAUGAUCUAUUUGUAAAUAUGAAUAAAUUAAAUGGAUCUUUACCACAAUCCAAUCAGACUAUAUUGAAUCAUACACUAAAUGAAACCAAAAUGAAACUUUCCACAUCAAGUUUAACAAUAUCUGAAUCAACUCCUUCAACUAUUAUCCCUAUAACCUGUGAUAUUACAACUCAUAAUUCUAUACCAUUAUUAUCCAUGAAUUCAAAUCUACAUAAUUCUAUUGUAAAAUCAUCUACCAUUGAAUUAACACCAGCAAUUAUUGAAUAUAGGCCAACAACAAUGAAUUUUAGCCCAAAUUCAAUAAAUCAAUUCAAUAUAUCAUCAACAUGUUCAUUAAUUCCCUUAACAACUAAUAAUUUAUAUAAUAAUGAUAGUUUAUCAUCCAUUUCAAAAUGUAUUGUUGAUUCAUCAUCAAUUAUUAUCAUUCCAGCGAAAACAAUUAAUUUACAAUGUACAAAUGAAAUUUAAAUAGUUUAUCAGUUCCAUCGUUGUUUUUUUUUUGUUUUUCAACAUCUCCUCCUCCCCUCUCCCGCCUUCUUCCUUCCCCCUCCUCCCUUUGUUUUUUUUUUGUUUCUCAAAACGAUCAAUAAUCUGUAUAUUAUCAGAAGGGGUUUUAUGGAGAGUUUAGAAAUUUCACUGGUUCAAAUCAAGAGUCAAUUGAAGGUAGAUCACCAUGGAAUACCUGGAAGCACUGAAGGGCUGUUUCAUCUUAGUAUGGAACUCCUCAGCAAUGCGCUUCCAGGUUUUUCAUGGUAGUUUAACUUCAAUUGACUCAUGAUUUCAACUAGUGAAAUCUGUAUAUUACAUAAUCAACCGGGAAGAUUUUUUAACCAUAAAUGAACUAUUUUUUACAUUGAAAAAAUGAGACAAUCAUUUUGAUAAAUAUUUUUUAUUGAUUUUUUGAUUUUGUCUUUUGUUUGUUUAUUUUUCCAAAACAAAAUCAAUCAAUAAAUAAACAAUCUUUGGAAUGAUUGAAUUCUAUUUCAUUCACGUUAUGUAAUCUAUCUAUCUAUCUCUCCAAUAUAGAGAAAGAUUUAUGUGUAAUGGUGGAAUUCUAUGUAUAUCUAUAAUGUAUAUAAAUGUAUCUGUGUAUGUGUGUAUAUGUGUACUUAAACUGUCAAUAU